UCAGCCACUUUCAAAUCCAUAAGCUUCAGAGCCGAUGACAGUGCCAUCGAUUAUUGGUCCCUUUAUGGACUUGAACGUGAGGAGUCCCAGGAGUGCCGUAGACUCCCUCGCUGAGGGAAAUGUCAGCUUCAACCAUGGGCGCCCGAGGUCUGGACAAUCGAGGAAGUUUCUUUAAGCUCAUUGACACAAUCGCCUGGGGAGAUCGAGAACUGAAACAGAGAUGGUACAGCCAGAUGCCAGUCUGGAAAAUGGCCUGGAAUCCACAGAAGCACACAGCAUGGUGAGACACAAGGAUGAUGGUUGUUCUGAGGAAAAGGAUGUGAAAAUUUGUCCUCGGGACUCUGGUUAUGACAGCCUCUCCAACAGGCUCAGCAUUUUGGACCGACUUCUCCACACUCACCCCAUCUGGCUACAGCUGAGCCUGAGUGCUGAGGAGGCAGCACAAGUUCUACAGUCCCAGCCUCCAGGGAUCUUCCUGGUUCAUAAAUCUACCAAAAUGCCGAAGAAAGUUCUCUCUCUUCGCCUGCCUUGUGAAUUUGGAAGUCCUUUCAAGGAAUUUGCCAUUAAAGAAAGCACAUACACCUUUUCCCUGGAAGGUUCAGGAAUCAGUUUUGCAGAUUUAUUUCGGCUCAUUGCGUUCUACUGCAUCAGCAGGGAUGUUCUGCCAUUUACCUUGAAGUUGCCUUAUGCCAUAUCAGCAGCCAAGACUGAGGCUCAGCUUGAAGAACUGGCCCAGCUGGGACUAAAUUUUUGGAGCUCUCCAGCUGACAACAAACCCCCCAACCCUCCACCUCCCCAUAGGCCUCUCUCCUCAGACGGUGCUUGUCCUGGCCCGCGUCAGCUCUGCCUUAUAAAUGGAGUGCAUUCUCUAAAAACCAGGACGCCUUCGGAGCUGGAGUGCAGCCAGACCAACGGAGCCCUGUGUUUUAUUAAUCCACUUUUCUUGAAAGUGCACAGCCAGGACCUCAGUGCCGGCACCAGGACUCCCCAUGCGAAUGGCACCGAGUGGCCUCGGUCCCCCCCACCCAGGCCCCCGCCACCCGCUAUUAAUAGUCUGCACACAAGCCCUCAGCUGUCCAGGACUGCAGCCCCAGCGAGCAUGCCAGAAACAGUCCACCAGAACAAACAUGGGAACGUAGACGGGCUUGGAAGCAAACCAACCCCCAUCCCUCCACCCAGGCUGAAGAAGCAGGCGUCUUUUCGAGAAGCGGAAGGCAGUGCAAAGACCUUGACUGGGGCCCGGCCUCAGCCCAGCCCUGAGCCGGACUUGGAGCCGGAGCCGGGCACAGCUGGCAGCCCAGGUGGUGCCCCGCCUGCGGAGGCUGCAGGGCAUUGCACCAGGGCCCCGCCUGCCGCCUCUGAAUCACGCUCCCUGUGGCAUGGAGGCAGACAGAGGCUGAGCGACAUGAGCAUUUCCACUUCCUCCUCCGACUCCCUGGAGCUGGACCGCAGCAUGCCCUUGUUUGGAUCCGAGGGGGACAGCAACAGCAGCCUGGAGGACGACGAAGGCGAGAGUGACCAGGAGACCAUGGCCCCCCCUAUCAAGUCCAAGAAGAAGAGGAACAGCUCCUUUGUUCUGCCCAAGCUCGUCAAGUCUCAGCUCCGCAAGAUGAGUGGCGUGUUCAGCUCUUUCCUGACCCCCGAGAAGCGCAUGGUCCGCAGGAUCGCCGAACUGUCCCGGGACAAGUGCACCUAUUUUGGCUGCCUGGUGCAAGACUAUGUGAGCUUUCUGCAGGAGAACAAGGAGUGCCACGUCUCCAGCACGGAUCUGCUGCAGACCAUCCGGCAGUUCAUGACCCAGGUGAAGAACUAUUUGGCUCAGAGCUCAGAGCUGGAUCCCCCCAUCGAGUCCCUCAUCCCUGAGGACCAAAUCGAUGUAGUGUUGGAGAAAGCCAUGCACAAGUGCAUCUUGAAACCUUUGAAAGGGCAUGUCGAGGCCAUGUUGAAAGAUUUCCAUGUGGCUGAUGGUUCGUGGAAGCAACUUAAGGAGAACCUGCAACUUGUGCGGCAGAGGAACCCACAAGAGCUGGGAGUCUUUGCCCCAACCCCCGAUUUUGUGGAUGUAGAGAAGAUCAAGGUCAAGUUUAUGACCAUGCAGAAGAUGUAUUCACCAGAGAAGAAAGUCAUGCUGCUGCUCAGGGUCUGCAAGCUAAUUUACACCGUCAUGGAGAACAACUCGGGGAGGAUGUAUGGAGCGGAUGACUUUUUACCAGUCCUGACCUAUGUUAUAGCUCAGUGUGACAUGCUUGAACUGGACACUGAAAUCGAAUAUAUGAUGGAGCUCUUAGACCCGUCACUCUUACAUGGAGAAGGAGGCUAUUACUUGACUAGUGCCUAUGGCGCACUCUCCCUGAUCAAGAAUUUUCAAGAAGAACAAGCUGCCAGACUGCUCAGCUCUGAGGCCAGAGAUACUUUGCGACAGUGGCACAAAAGAAGAACCACCAACAGGACCAUUCCAUCGGUGGAUGAUUUCCAGAAUUACCUGCGAGUUGCCUUUCAGGAGGUCAGCAGUGGCUGUACAGGCAAGACCCUCCUGGUGAGGCCGUAUGUCACCACAGAGGAUGUGUGUCAGCUCUGUGCCGAGAAGUUUAAGGUAGGGGAUCCACAGGAAUAUAGUCUUUUCCUCUUCGUUGAUGAAACCUGGCAGCAACUGGCUGAGGACACAUACCCUCAGAAAAUUAAGGCCGAGCUGCACAGCCGUCCCCAGCCCCACAUCUUCCACUUUGUCUACAAGCGCAUCAAGAGUGAUCCUUAUGGUAUCAUCUUCCAGAAUGAGGACGAAGACCUCAGCACCUCAUAGAAGAAAUGGGAACCUUACCAUCUCAUAGAAAAAAUGGGGACCUCACCACCUCAUAAAAGGAAUGUGUGACUGUUGGACUUCCCUGUGGUGCCUCCAAAGCUGGGGGUAGGGUCAGGAACCUUAACCAUCAGCUUCCAUGGACUUGUGCUUGAAAAGGACUCACCUGUUUUGAUACUCAAGCCUUAUGUAGGUGAGAUUAGCCAAGGGCACCUUCCUCUCCUUUGCCCAAGCAAGGUAGGCAUGGGGUUUUUGCAUCAGAUGGAUUCUCCUUCAGAGAUGGUGAAUUCCAUUUGAUGGUCCAUAUACCUGAUUGUGUCUCCCCCUAGCUAGGUCCUAUGUUGAAUCAUGUGUAUGUAUAUAUGCUAAAUAAAUAUGUAAGGUACAAGCUCUCUUCUCAAGUUCAACAGCAGGAGUUUGACAAGACUAUCCGAUGCAGUGCAUCAAGUAUUUUAUAAGUCUCUAAAGAGCUCCAUCAUUUUCUCUUCCUUUUUGAUUCUUUCUCUCUCUCUUCUUUUUUUUUUUUUACAAAGAACCUUUGUGGGGCUUUUUAUAUAUAUAUAUAUAUUUCAUAGAAAUGUUUAUAGCAGUUGCAGGUAAACUGUCAGGAUUGGUUUUUAAGAUAUUUUUGUAACUUGAAAAUAUUCUAUAAUUAUGCAUGUGAUUUUAACCUUUAAUAUACAAACAAAUCUCUUGCUGGAUUUGAGAUGAUUGCAUUUUAAGUCUCUUUUCUGUCACUGGAUGUUUUGACUAUUUGUUGGAGAGAGACCACUGGAUCUCUUAAAGCAAUGUGUUCCUGACACUGGCCACAGAAUGCCAUUAGAACUUUAAUGUGCUGUGACCUUGUUCAACACUCCAUGCUUUUGUGCUGUUUCAUGUUUUAACCAAGUGAUUCUGAGAAUCAGGAGAGAAAUGAAUGUUGAGAAUGGUCAAGAGAGUAAUAUCGAUUUAAACCAAGGACUAAGGAGCAUUAUCUGCUGGUUCAGACUCCUUAAAGAUAUGGAGAAGGGAGAUGAAUGGAACCACCAAUACUAAAAGUACUGUAAAUAUGCCAUGAGAUUUGGCAAGACACAGCCCAUAUGUAAUUUGCUGUUGAACAUAAUUUUAAUAAGCAAAAAAUUAAGAUAACCCCCUUUUUCUGUUUUUUUUUUUCCCUACAUAAAUCAGAACUAAUAAUAUCAAAUUAUUUGGGACAGAAACCGUGUAAUGUGACUUUGAUUAAUUAAGAAGCUGUUUGGAAAAAAAAAUUGCAUAUACACCCAAAAAAGCCCAUUUGUGUUAUAAGUAUGUAUAAUGGAGUAAAUGAACGUUUUGUCAAGUCUGUUUGGGGGUGCACAAAGUAUAAGGAUCUCAUCAAUGUAACGCCAGUAGUUACUGUACUGUGUAAAGAUGCAUAGUCAUCUAAUCUAGUUGCCUAUGUACUUUGUACCUUUUAUAGCCUUUGCUAUACUUUUAGAACCCUCAGUACAAAUUGUAUUUUACUUCCUUUUGUAAGUUUUUUCAUGAAAUUUUGCACAUAAUACAUUGUAAUAUUGUAUGAUAA